UUGUGAAAUAAGCAAUAUGGCAUCUACAUGGGCUUCCCAUUUUCUGUGGUGUUCCAUAUUGUGGUUUUUGGUUGACCAAGGAUCAUCAAGAUGUCUCAUCUUGUUCCUGUGCUCAAAUGUGUCCUCGGAUAAAACUACCCCGUUGGCACCUUUUGAAAUAGAUGAUACCACUUAUGAAUCUGUAUCUCACUCUGUGCCGAACCUGGAAUUGGUCUCUAACCAGACCAUGGCUGAAGAGCUUCAUAGCUGGGAAGCCUCAACCACUGCAGUGCCUUCUAUGGUGCUGAGCUUCUUAUUCAACCUGCUGAAUUAUGAUGAUUCUGCUGGAACAACUCCUGGGAAUAGUUCUAACUUCUUGGUGCUCAGUGAUGACCAGCAUGGCUUUACUGACUCUGCAACCAGUGAGAGCUCCACCUUGGUGCUCAACAGCUCCCUGCCCAGCUCUACCACCACUGCUCAACCUUACUCUGCAACUGAUGAGAGCAGUUCCACCACCUUGGUGCUCCUUGAUGACCAGGAUGGCUUUACUGACUCUGCAACCAGUGAGAGCUCCACCUUGGUGCUCAACAGCUCCCUGCCCAGCUCUACCACCACUGCUCAACCUUACUCUGCAACUGAUGAGAGCAGUUCCACCACCUUGGUGCUCCUUGAUGACCAGGAUGGCUUUACUGACUCUGCAACCAGUGAGAGCUCCACCUUGGUGCUCAACAGUGCCCUGCCCAGCUCUACCACCACUGCUCAACCUGACUCUCCAACCAGUGAGGGCAGUUCCUCUACCACCUUGGUACACAACAGUUCCCUGCCCAGCUCUACCACCACUGCUCAACCUUACUCUGCAACUGAUGAGAGCAGUUCCACCACCUUGGUGCUCCUUGAUGACCAGGACAACUUUACCACCUCUGUGCCUAUAGUUCCAGUGACUAACCAGUAGAUGACAGCAACUUCUUGUAAAGGAAGAAUAUUAACAUGCAAUCAGUUGCCAUGCAUCUACUUCAUAGCUAAAAGUUCCUUAGCACUACUAGUCAUGCCAACAGUGAGAUUGUCAAAAUUUGAUGGUACUGGAAAUAAAUGGUUUGAACACA